AUGGGAGGGGGAAUCCUUGAAGUGCUUCUUGUUAAUGCAGAAGGCAUUACGCACACAAAUCUUGUUGGAACACCAUCCUAUUACGUCAUCAUCGAAUGUGGAACUCAAGUACAUAGAAGCAAAGCAUCAUCAGGUGAAGAUGAUAAUGCUUGGUGGAAUGAGAAAUUCUCCUUUGAAUUCCCAUGGUCUGGUUGGAAAAACUUGACACAUCUUAAAUUAACAAUAAUGGACAAAGAAUUCCUCACAGAUGGUGGAUUUGUUGGUGGAACCAUAAUUCACCUUGGUGGAAUAAUUACAGAGGGCACUGACAGCGGUUUUCUAGAAGUAAAACCAGCUCCAUACAACGUGGUGCUUGAAGAUGACACCUACAAAGGCCUGAUAAGGAUCGGUUUUAAGUUCAUUGCAAAUAAAGAAGCCCAUGCAAUAGAGAGAAGAGGACACAUUGCAGAAGAGAAUGAACCAAGAAAAUGGACAUGCAACGCCUUUGUCAAAUUAUGGAGAAUUUCGUGGGGAAAGUUUUUAUGUUUCCGUAAACAAAGGGGCCUCAAAAAUAAGCUUCGCUGAGUUGGUAUGAUCGAACAAAAAAAUACCAACGGCGAAUAAAGCAUGCCAUCUGAGUAGAAAUAUACGCGAGAUGAUUGAGAUGAUAGCUAGUUUUUAUUUCAGUUCACAAA